AUGUUUUCCAGAUUGCUCCCCUCAUGGGGCCGCAACACACUAACGGGGAGCGUACCACGUCCCUCAAUUUACCUGCGGAGGGUUAUCUUGAAUACAGAGAAGAGGUGUUUCUCAAGGAAUUCCUUGCUGCAUGAGAAGCACCAUGCCUCCGCGGCACCGUUCAAUACGCCGCAAUCGCAGCAGCGCAACACGUCUACUAUGUACUAUACCAUCAGUAUGAUCCUCGGAACCGUCGCACUCGCCUACGGCUCUGUUCCACUUUACAAAAUGAUCUGCCAGCAGACCGGCUGGGGCGGCCAGCCGAUUCUUACCCAUCGCGUCGGCGACGGCGAUACGGCCUCACGUGUGACCCCCGUGACAGACUCCCGACGUCUUCGCAUUACCUUUAACGGAUCUGUAUCUGAUGUGCUGCCUUGGAAAUUCACACCGCAACAACGAGAGGUUCGGGUGCUACCGGGUGAGACAGCCCUGGCUUUCUACACUGCAAUCAACAAAGGUCCUCAGGAUAUCAUUGGAGUCGCAACGUACAGCGUUACCCCGGGACAAGUGGCGCCGUACUUCAGCAAGAUCCAGUGCUUCUGCUUUGAAGAACAGAAAUUGAACGCGGGAGAGACGGUGGAUAUGCCUGUUUUCUUCUACAUCGAUCCCGAUUUCGCUACCGAUCCGAACAUGAAGGGCAUCGAUACAAUCACGCUAUCUUAUACAUUCUUCAAAGCGAAAUAUGAUGACAAUGGAGUUCUGAAGCCCAUCCCGGCAUAA